GCAUUGAUACGCCGAGCGCACAAGCUGUGGGUGAAUGGGAUGGAAGAAGAGUUCUUGUUUUGUAUAUCAGUUUCUGUCUUUUUAUGUAUUUUUGGUUAAAAAUCAAGCGAACAAAGCGAAGAUUCUUUCUAUUACACUGAACAAAACUUUAAGGCGCUAAAGGGAGUAAAUUCAUCCGCGGGGUAGUGUUGUACUGGUGAAAUGCUCGGCUAUUUGUAGAUAUAUAUUUAAAUAAUUGGUGAGUGUGUGUAAGUGUAUGAAGAUCGGGGUUUGACUGCUGGAGGAGUGUGUACAAGGCUCCACCCCCCACUCUGCCAGUUGGAUGGUGUUCAAGACGGCAGACGUUGGGAAGGCAGCUGUGUUGGGUUUUUGGAAGAAGAGAUCGAUGAUGGAACUGCAGAAUUUACAGGAAGCACUCAAAGUGGAAAUCCAGAUCCAUCAGAAACUCGUGAGCCAGAUGAAGCAAGAUCCACAGAAUGCAGAUCUGAAGCUGCAGCUCCGUGACCUGCAGGCCAAGAUCACAGCGCUGAGUGAGCGGCAGAAAAAGGUGGUGGAGCAGUUAAGGAGAGAUCUACUGGUGAAACAGGAAGAUAUGAAGCUACAGACACUACAAGCCGAUGGGCAAACGUCUACCUUGCUCAUCACACAGACACAGACGCCUCUGCCUGCUGCCAGCCUCACUACUCCACAGAGCUCUGUGGUCCCUGUCAUUGCUUCAAAGACUCUACCUCUGGUGCUGAGAGCGGCCACAUCCACCUCACCUAUCAUCAUGACACCAGCACCUACUUUCACCGUGGUCACAACCCUCGGCAGCACACUCCUGGCAAGCCCUCCUAGCUCAGACCCUCAGAAGUCCCCAGUAAACUUCCAGCCGGUCAUCCAAACGACCAAUCAGGGAGCAGAGCCGGUGCGGGUCUUACCCAAUAGCACCGUUGUUGUGCAAGCUGCCUCCCAACCAAUCAAAGUUCCUCAGUUUGUCCCACCAAUCAGACAGACAACACGACCAGCCACUCUACCGCAGGUCAGGCCAAAACCUCCAGCAUCUUUGUCUCCAGCUGCUGGUCAGGUUUCUGUGCACACCUUACAGUCCCCGGUGUUACUGAGCACAGCCCUUCCUUCCUCUGGUCACGUCCAGCAGAUGCGCAUCCUCAAUGGCCUGCCCUUCCCCAACAGCUCUAGCAGCACAAGCAUCCUGAUCUCCCCAUCUAUACACACGCUACCGUCUGCGCAGACACACACACAGCAGUUACCUCACAAAAGCCCAAGCUCUGACAACACGAUAUGCGCAGUGGAAUAUGGGACAGAGCCAAAGACUUCAUUGCUCAUCUCUCCAGACACACCUACACACACUUCACCUCCACUGUCUUUAGAUGCACCAUCUUCACCUGCCCCCACCAACACACACACGCCUUCCUCCAAACAUCAGGAGAGCCCACUGAAACUGGCCUUCAUGUUGUCUCUGGGACUGGUCACGCGCGACUAUUUAGAAGAGAUUCAAAGCAGGCGUCAGGAACGCAAAAGACGAACAACAGCAAAUCCAAUAUAUAGCGGAGCCAUGUUUGAACCAGAGCGGAAGAAGAGCUCAAUGUCGUAUCUGAGCUCCAUAAACCAGUCCAGCAGGAAGAGAGCCAAUGAGGACAGCUUGUCAGAGGUCGCCUUUCUAAAAACUGCAGUAUUGUGGAGCGGGGGGCCCCUCCCCCCAACCACCAGCAGCCAUCAUUCUGCCUCCCCAGACCUUCAGCGGCCCACCGCGGGCAGCCCAUUCUCCCCUGCCCUUUCACUCACCCUUCCAUCACAUUCACCCUCACCCAGCCCCAGCUCAGCAGGGGAUAUUUUGCAGAAUGAAGAUGCCAUUGAGUGGCCAGGGACUCUUGCUAUUGUCCAUUCCUACAUCUCCUAUAAAGCAGCUAAAGAAGGAGAGAAAGAUCGUCUGAAGAGAUGGAGCACAGAGCUGCGGCAGGAGAGAGAGACGCUGGAGCACAGAAUCGGACAACUCAGCAACUCUAUAACAAAAUGUAUGGACAGCAAGAACAGCGUAUUGGCCCAGCAGGGAGAGAUGGAGGCUUCGCUUGAGAAGAUGAGAGGGCUGGUGCGUCUGAUCAGAGGGAUCCAGUUCUCUCCCUUCGUCUGUCCCGGGGCCAUGGCUAACGGAGAAACGUCCCACAACGGAGCUUCCAAACCCAGCAGCUCCAGUGCGGUCACCACAGACACAAACAACAACACAAAUGCCCCAACAAGCUCCUCAGAAGCGACGGUGAUCAUUAGCACCCUCACAAACACGAGCGAUACCUUAAAGCAGAUCGCCAUGAACCACAACCCAGAGGCUGCAGGUGUGAAGAGCAAUGAGGCCAGUGAGGAGAGCGCACAAAAUAACAGCACGUCCAGAAUCAAGAGCCAACCCACGAAUGCAAACGCUGCAGCCUUCAGCAAUAACAGCAGCAACCAGGCACUUCUCGGUACCAACGGAACCGUGUCCACAGGAGAGGAGAAUACAAAAAAACACAAAAACAACAGCGACCUCAGCGGCGUCCCACAGGCCCUCCUCGGCUCAAUCGUACCCCUUACAGAAGUGACUGAGGGGGUGAAAUAGCAUCGACUACCCCGCCGCAGUUGGGGCCUAAAGCGUGCCAGUUAGCAGUGUUGUUGAUUCGUGUUGUUGUUUCAUCUCUUGUAUCUAUGAGGGAAAGAAAAUCCAUAGUGCCAUUUACUACAUGCAGGAAGGAGGUUCCUAAAGUACCAGCAAUGUGUAUGCUCACGUGUGCACACCGAAAAGAUUUCUACAAAGAAUAAUGAUAUAGAAAAGAGUAAUAAAAUUUAAAGAUAUCACACCAUUGUGUGCCUGAUACAGUUGCCAUAGCACCUCUGAGUGGGAACGCUUCUGAAGGCUGGAUCGGGGUGAAGGUCUCGUCCUGCUAGAUGAGUAGUGCAGCUUCCUAUCAGGUCCUGUAGCUCAGAUCUAAGACAUAAGAUACGACGUGUUGAGGAGUUCAGCGUCCGUUUUGUCUGUGAAACACUACCGAGGUGCAGUUGUUUCGUCUAGUUUUCAGUUGUUGUGUCUCCAGGACGUAAACUUGGAGCGCAAACACAGGUUCUUUAUCACACACUGACAGAAAUACAGGUCUUCCAGGCGUUCUUCUGGAGGUUUGACUAGUAUCAUUUGCAUUUGUCUAUCUUGUGGUGUUUUUAAAAACCGAGAAAAUAACAUUUCUGUAAAUAUGUUUUGCUAUUUUUUACACAUUAUUUAUAAUUUUACGAUAAUAUUCCGUAGUUCAGUUCUGCCAAAUAAUGGAUGCCACAGGGAACUCUUCUUUUCGAUUACUCUGAGCAUUAAAUAGAUAUUUAAGAGUAGUAGUGUAGUAUUUGUAGUGUCAGUCCUGAAGUGUCUGUGAGGUAAAUUCUGACCAUGCCUUAUCUACUAAACAGAUGUGAUUUACUGAGAGCGCGGUUCAAGCGGCAUCACAGAAGGGAAUGAUCUGAGAUGUCUCUCACAUCACUCUCGCUCCAUUUCCACAUCCAGAGGAUUUUUUUAUUUCCCCAAAACUGUAGCAGGGGUCUCAUGCCUUGUCCAACAACUUGGGAGGAAUCAUGCAGUCAGAAAUAUCCCAUGAAACCGCUAUGCCAGUAACGUUUUGCUUAUGGGCCAAUUUAAGGGCUUCUGUUCUGUAUCGUUUUAACACACUUUACUACACUGUUCACUGUAAACCUGUCCAAAAGCACAACACGGCAGACGUUAUGCGUGCCUAGCGCAACUACUUCUACCAGUGUCUCCUCUGUUAGCGCUUUAUUUACCGUAUCGGAGCUCUCUCACCGCUGUGUAUUUCAGUGUGUGACUGCACACAAACAAGCACAGACAAACACACCAGACCAGUUUAACACCUGUGCCAAAAUGACACUUCCAUGGUGUUAAAAAAAAAAACCAAGCACAAGAAAUAAUCCAGAAACACGGUGGUGUCAAACGCUUUUGAUAAAAGACAGAAAAAUCUACAGUGUUUAUUAUAUCUUCAUUUGAGGUUUGUGAGUGUUUUCAAUGCUAAACAUGCAGCUCUGGCCUGCUGUAGCCUCUGUGUAUUGGUUGCCUUAAGUUCUAUAGACUAUGUUAGGCUGUUUCAUCGUAGUGUUAUGACUUGUCGGUGUCCUAGAGUCAGUUGUCAGCGAAAUGAGUGCGUAUUUUUCCCUUUUCGGAAACAGAAUCUACUUUAUCAUCUAGUGUGUGAUCAUUCAGGUUGUGUUAGUGAGGACGGUGCCUGCGCUGCCUAUAGUGAAUCUGACCACUACACAUAAGAAUACACUUUAAAGUGCUUGAGUCUUAUAUCAAAACAUGAAAUACAUUGCUGGUAUGUUCGUUCACCUUUUUAUGAAACCGUUUAUGAAAAAACGUCCCAUCCCAGUAUGAUGAUCUGGGUAUAUCCACCCCCUCAUAUCGCAUAUGCAUUUUCAAAAAGGUUUUCAGCAAUCAGAAGCAUUCACACAUUUUGUCUGAUAGAAGCUAAUACGGAAACAUAUUUCAUCACAAUUGCGAAAAAUUCCAAAGUGGCAUGUAGAGAAGCUGCAUUCUGUUGGGUGGUUUAAUGGUAUGUCAGGUUUUCUAGUGUAUUGAAGAAAAAGAGAAGGGAUGAGAGCCCUUACAUAAAUGCUGAUCAGAUGAGACAUUAGCAAAUGUCAUCUCUCGUCCUUUAGAGCCAAGAAUCCUGAGGCCAGAUGUGUUUAGUAGGACUGACGGUGCUUCUGUGACAGAUGUACUCUGAUGAGAUAAAUAAGAAUCUACUGUGUCUCCUCAUUCAUGUUCCCUACACAUGAGAAUUGGGUAUUGUGUCCUGAAGUGUGUGAAAUCUGAUCUCCUCAGAUAUUAAUAGUGUUUACCGAGAGCUCAGCUCAGGCUUUUGUUCAUGUUUUCAAGAUGCGCAUAUUAAUGCAUAUGAAGAUUCACAUUCUUACACCUCAUGCCGUUACCUCAUUCAGGUUGAUGAAACCCUCAAGAAAAAUCAAGGCUAGAUUAAUGCAACGUGAAAACAAAUCAGUGCUUAAUCUAAUGUCCUUAAUUAUUAAUUAAGAACACAAUUUACAUCGAUUUGUUGUAUAAAAAGUGUCUAGAUUCUUUCAUAUUAGUUUUUAAAAGGGAUGUGUAUUGCUCUUUUGUUUCAUUUUACUUUUCUACAUUUUGUAUGUUUCGUUUCUUAAUCUUGUGUGUUGCCUGAUGUCUGUUUACCUUUUCUCAUAGAAGUCCAUGUGUAAGUUAUCUGAAUAUAUAACUUCAUGAAUUCUUUCUGUUGAGGAGGCUGGAUAUUACUGGAGCAUUUGAUCAAUUUGUAUUUAUUUAUUUUUACCAUUUUUGCUAAAUAAAAUUGUAAAUUAAA